GGGUGUGUCAGUCAGGGGGAGUAGAGUCUAAGUGGUGAGGAGUGGAACCGUUGUCUGGUUGUGCACCAAUCACCAUGGUCGACACCCGUAGUGGGAAGAGUACUGCUCCCCAAUCCCAGGCUGAGCAGGCCCGAAUUGCCGCCAUCCUGAGGGAGAGGAAAGAGAAGAAGGAGCUCCUGAAGCGGGCGAAGUUAAAGGCUAUUGCAGAGGAGCAGGCGGCGAAGAAGAAGAGAUUAGAGGAAGAUAUGUUAAGAUUUCAGAAGGAGAAGAUGAUGUUGUUAGAGCGAGAGGAAGAAGAGAGGAGGAAGGCUGUCGAAGAAGAAGCAGCAGCAGAGGAGGAGGAAGAAGAAGAAGAAGAGCCCCUUGAAAGAAGACGUGGAGAAGAGAAAGGGGAGACAAAUGGCACGAAAGGGGAAUAUGCAUGGAUGGAGAAGAAGAUAAGCGAGUGGGUGGCUAAUUUAUCGUUAGGGGAAGAUGAGGAGGCACAAUUGUAUGUGUCGCAGGAGGAAAGAGAAGCGUUCGCCAGGGAGUUGGAGACGAUAGGAGAUCCCCUAGAACGCCAAACAACAGAAGACGAGAAGAAGUUGGAGUGGAAACUGCGAAUGAUGAGGGAAAAGAAGAGGAGGAGAGAGGAGGCCAACAGGGUGGCAAAAGAAGUAGAGAGGGUUCAAGCUUGUAGAGAGGAGGUGCAGGCACAAGUCGAGGUCCCCGCCAAAUUAGAUAAGAUUUUGGAGUACCUAGAGAUUUUCAGCAAGGCCUAGGUAGAAGAACAUCAGGCCGUCAAGGGUCAAGAUGUGACCUUGCACGCCAUCCGAUCUGGGUUUAGAGAGCUCGCGCGUGACGUGGUAACCCACGUCGGGACUGAAGUCAAAAAGUUGAAGGAAGGUGCAGAGAAGUUUUGUGUCGGCGCCAUUGAGGGCGCCAAAGUUGUGGCUACGGCAGAAGACGACGCACGUCCCCGCAAGGAGCCAGUAAAGCUCAAGUUUCCUG